GUAUCACGUGACCAAACUUAACCUCAAUUCCUUCUUUUGAACCGAUAGUAAACACGUGUUGUUGUUGGCACAUUAAUACAACCACAAAAACAGAAAAAUGGGCAAGAUUAAGUCGGAACCCGAAGAAGUAGACGCCGGAGAUGUGACGAUUAAAGAAGAAGAACUCAGUUAUGAGGACAAAGUGGCAAACUGCAACGAGAUCGCGUCACCUAUGGCUUCAAAAAAAUUAGCCAAAAAAUGUUACAAACUCGUCAAAAAAGCAAUGAAACAUAAAACCUACGUGCGAUGUGGAUUAAAAGACGUACAAACGAGGAUACGUAAAGGAGAGACUGGUAUAGUUUUGUUCGCUGGCGACGUUUCCCCAGUUGAAAUUAUGUGCCACCUCCCUGGAGUAUGUGAAUCCAAACAAAUACCUUAUGUUUAUACUCCAAGUCGAAAGGAUUUGGGAGCAGCUAUGGGUGUGAAAAGGGGUUGUUUAACUGUGUUGAUUAGAAAAAACAAUGAGUACGAGGAGGCGUUUGAUGAACUAAAAGCGGAAAUUUCUACUUUAGGACUUAGUUUGUAAGGUAUCACAACAUCUAUAUUACAUCUAUAUUUUUAGUUAAAGAAUUAUUAAAGUUUUUUACAAUGUA